AUGCCUGCAACGAUUUUCACAGAACGCUCCUCAUUCCUAGACGAGAUGAUACGUCUAGAGGGCCGUGGUGAUGAAAUCCCUCGAGGAACUUGUAGUUGCAAGGGCGAAGAACCAUUACUUUACCGCUGCAAGGAUUGCUUUGGAGUGGAAAUGGUGUGCCGUGCAUGUAUUCUUCAACGGCAUGUGCAUAAUCCACUCCAUAGAGUCGAGCUGCUCGGCUUGCGUAUCCAGCUAGGUCACAACCCGGGAGAGACAUGCUAUAAUCCUGAACCUGCCGCCGGUGAUGAUUUUGUUGUCAUAGACGUCCAUGGUAUCCAUGAAAUCGGCCUUGACUUUUGCGGUUGUGAAACGGCCCAAAUUCAUUACAAACAGCUUAUUCGGGCUCGUUGGUUUCCAGCUACUACAUUGAAUCCUCAAACUGCCGCCACAUUCGCACUCAUGGAGUUCUUCCACCUCCUCACAUUUGAAUCAAAGGUAUCAGCAUACGAAUUUUACCACAGUAUCGCUAGACGGACAGAUAACACCGGCACCACACCAAUUAGGGAUCGUUAUUCAGCUUUUAUGCGAAUGGUUCGUCAAUGGCGCCACCUCAAGAUGCUCAAGCGAGCAGGAAGAGGCCAUGAUCCCAGCGGCGUGGAUGCAACUUCUGCUGGAGAAUGUGCCGUACUCUGUCCUGCGUGCCCUCACCCUGGAAAGAAUUUACCUGAGGGCUGGGAGGAUGCAUCGCAUGAUAUCAGAUGGAAGUAUGCUCUUUUCCUUGCCAUUGACGCAAAUUUUCGGCUUAAGCGGAAACUUGUCUCGAGCGAUAAUGUCGAUCCGAGUCUCAACGCCGGCUCAUGCUACUUUGUCGAAGAGAAUGCUUACAAACAAUAUCUGAGUGAGCGUGGUUGUGAGCCACAGGAGAAAAGCUCGUGUGUCAGUCAUAAUGCCGUGAACAUGGCUGACACAAAAUCAUCGAGGGGGCUUGCAGCCACGGGCGUUGGGACCGUGGACUGUGCGAGGCAUGAUAUGAAGCUUCCUAACGGAGUCGGCGAUUUGCAAAAAGGCGAAAGAUAUCUCAACAUGGACUAUCUGGUCUUUUCAGUGAUGGUCGGGUUUGCCGUAGUGGUAUUCAAUCUAUCAUACGACAUCGCCUGCCAAUGGCACAAGAAACUAUGGCCUCGCAUGGCGUCAAUGCCACCCCGACUGCACCUCACUGACCGCGAUAACAAGACCAUCCGUUUUUUCGUACCCAAAUUUCAUCUUAACGCUCACGUUCAAUCGUGUCAAACGGCAUUCUCAUUCAACUUUGGGAAGAAUGUUGGACGUACAGACGGAGAAGCACCUGAGAGAGGGUGGGCAAACAUCAAUCGUGUGGCGUCGAGUACCAAAGAAAUGGGGCCAGGAACAUGCCGCGAUACUCUGGAUGAUCAUUUUUCGGACUGGAAUUGGAAAAAAGUCACCAUGCUCGGUCAACGCAUGCUUCGCAAAGUCAAAGAAGCCUCGAGAAGAGCUAAACUUCAUCGAGAAGAGCUCAGCGAACUUCAGCGAUCGAUUCCAGCAUCAUCGCUCUCUGUGUGGAAGUUGGAAAUUGAGGCAUGGGAGGAGGAUAGCACGCAGCCCAACCCAUUCGAGAGCAGGGUCAUCCCCAUGACUCAAGCUGCUGUACGCCGCCAGCUGGCUGAGAAGGAGGCUGUAGACUUACAAGCUGGGGUGGAUGUUUCGUUGCACGCCGACAUUUCACCAAGUCUUCUCAUUGCAUCAGGCAUUGACUUGCAGGAUCAGCAACGGCGUUUGGCCGCGGACAUUUCUGCACUGGGUCAGCAUGCGACCGACAUACAGAAGACCAAGAUAUUCAAUCAAAGUAAUGCUCUACAACGCCGAUUGGACAUGUGGGCUCAGAUACAAGUCCUUUACAUGCCCGCCGUUGCUCCAAUCCGCGCUAUGGAGGACGCUUGUCGUUCUGAAGGCACUGCAGCACUCAAGCCAGAGUCAUUUCAACUCAGGCUACCAUCCCAGCUGGCCCCGCACCUUCCUUGCAACCAACAACUUCGUGAAUGUGAAUGGGAGCUCCGGUAUGCUCAAGCCCAUGACGCAUUGAACGAUGUUCGACAGCAUAUCCGUCUAUUCACCCACCUCAAUACAUUCAGGACGGCGAAUGUACGGGGUCAACGUGCCUCUACUCGUGCACGCACCGCUCUCAAUCUCGCAGAGCAGAAGAAGCGUGCAAGCAAGGCUAAAUACGAUGCUGCCCGGGAUGCACUUACUGCCCUCGCUCCCUUACUCGGAAAAUUCGGCUGGACCGAUAUCAUGCGCCCUCUUGGAUGGACUGACAUGAGGCCCAUGGGCGACUUCAUUCAAGGACAAUCCGAAGGUACUCGUGAUAUACCGUGGAUAUGGAAGACACCUGGAGUGCUGCAAGACAACGACGAGGGACUUCAAGAUUGUCUUCGCAUUGAGUGGUGCAAGGCAAGAGCGCAAGAGGCGCGUUGGUCCGAAGAAUUGCUGCUGUUGCUUGAAGAGAUGCAGAGGGUACUAAUGUUCUUAACUUGGCAGGGGACGUGGUGGUCUGGACUAGCUUCGGCUCGCCAUCAAGAGAGAUUGGCUGACAGUGAAGGGUCCAGGGCAUACGCAAACCGACAAUCCGCGCUUCGAGAGGCUAUGGCGGAAAAAUUCAGACAACGCUGGGCCAUUGUCCCUGCUGUCGUAGCCGCUGAGCUAGAUGACGAUGGCACACUGGACAUAGCUGAUACCGAUAGCACGAUGCUCACUAUUGAAGGCCCUCCACCAUUAGCUGUAGAAGAUUAG